GUCUUUCUUCAUGGAAACAGAAACUCCAAGGCUUUCAACCCCGAGAUAUCUGUCCUUCAUCAAGGCUUUUGAACGCUAUGACGGAAAAUUUGCCUGGUACACAGCCACAUAUCCUUACUUUGCCACAAGAGGUGCUUCAACAUGUCAUCAAUUGCCUCAUUGACACCGUCACGAUAAACAAAAGGACCGGCUUUCAGUAUCCAUACUAUUCACGGAUUUAUCGCCAGGCGCAUCAAGAAUCAAGGCGGAAUCUACUUCACCUCACACUGUCAUGUCGUCGGCUCAAUACAGUGGCCACUCCAUUCUUGUAUGGCCAUGUUCUGCUCACCAAGAGCAACGAGAGUGAUGAGGUUGACCUAGCAGAAGAAAAGCGUCCUGAUAGAGGUGCUCUUACCCUCGCAUUGUUUCUCAAGACUAUGCUGGCGCAGCCAGCACUUCGAAGUCAUGUCCGUCACUUGGAUUGCUGGUUCUUCUUGGCCCAUAUCUUGGAUAUGCUCGGAACAGACACUCCUGAUUCCACGAUAAGAAUGCUUCAGGCUCAGGAAUGGGAAUAUUUCAAGACGGCAAUCAUCUGCGCUCAAUCUGAACAUGACCUUGCCGUUCUAGCACAUGUUGGCCUGAAUGAUGAGCUUCCUGUUGAUGCGCUUGAAAGAGUUUUCGCUGCGAUUCUUGGCUUGACCGAUGGGCUUCAGACAGUAUCCUUUCCACCGCCACCAGGGAAGAAGUGGUGUUUGAAGGGGUUCGGAGAUGGAUCUGAUGCCGAGGAAGAAAGCUUCAACCUCUACCUUGAUGCGGCUCGUUACGAUACGUUGAGCUCUCUCCUUCAGCUAGCCUACCAGGAUCGCCUACUGUCCUCAACAACACUACAGAAUCUCGAGGCGGUCAGGUUCACAUUUGUUCCAGAAUUUUCGCCCAUCAAUAGCCGGGCCCACACCUACAGCAUCGAUCCGGAUACAAGUGUCCCGCUAAAUCCUGGAUACAGCUUCCACAUUGAUGCAUGUAUUGGUAUUCUGCAGGCCCCGAAGGUGGAAGAAUUUGAGAUGGACUCGGCCAACGGAACACGCGCGUCGGAGCUCACACAUGACUUUUGCCUCGCCGACCUGAAGAUCAAGCGCGCCUUUUUUACUUCCGCUGCUAGCACUCAGCAAGUACUCGAUGAUGCUUGCAGAAACUGGUCCCUUACCGCCCUGGCAAUCCGUGGAGCUAAUGUAGCGAGUUAUGAAGACCUUUCUGACAUGAGUUCUAAUCAAGCGGCACCGGAAAUUGAUGUUUGGAAUACGGCUCUGAUAAAAUGCGCCAAAACUCGAAAAGUCCUUGACAUUGGCUCAUUUAAUUGCUUUUGGAGUCCCCUGCAACAGCUUGCCUGCUUGGAUGGUCUUGUUGCUCUUGAACACUUGCGCAUCGGAUUACCUUUGUUGAACACGAAUCAAGGGUUUAUUACUCGCCCGCUCGCAGACGUUCUUCCACGGCGACUCAAGACACUUACUAUUAAUGACUCGUUUGCUGCUCAUUUUUAUAACGAGUACUUUCGACAAGAGGAGUCGCCGGAUGAGGCCAAAACGGUGGCCGAUAGAAAGCCCCGCCGGUAUCGACGACUUUUGUCAUUAGCAUUGCGCAAAUUUUCUCGCGUUUGCGGUGAAACACAUCCAGAACUUUGUUCUAUUAUGGUGUUUGGACUACCUCCAGUAGAUGGGCCGCGUUAUCAGACAACAAUACGCGCCCUUGAACUUGCAGGCCCUCAACCUGGACAGGUUAUUGUUGACAUAGAUCAACUGAGGGAUCUGUUUGCAGAAUCUGGUGUUGCGAUCCAAGAGUUUUUCCAUGGCCAGGAGGAUGAUUAUCCUUUUAGACAUGUUCAUGUAGCUCGGUAUUGACGCAAGGUCAGCUAAGAUAUCUUCGAGGUAGCGCUUUGUCAUUGUAAUUCUACGGCUACUCGCCAUUUUCACUGGAUCAACCGACAAAUAAUUAUGCAUCUAAAACAAUCGACUGUUGCCAGCGUGGUACGAUCGCAAUUUUAUAUCUAACAAG